UGUGCACCCUGGAAUGACAGGCAUUCCUGUGUGAAGAGAGCCAGCGUGAAGACGUUUUUAUAAGAACCUCCAGUGCCCAGGCCGGGAUACAGGGAAAGAGAAACUCCGGCAGAUUGACCUCAUGCCGUUUCCUGAUGUUUGGCAGUGACACUGAGAGAGGAGUGCACGGCCCCUCCUUAUGUGGAUUUAUCUUUUAAGAAAAGUUCGCUUUGGUCCGGGACAGUUUGUUGUCGUGAGAUACAUCAGACAAUAUAAUCAUGGGGCAAGCUGAUGUCUCCAGACCGGUAAAUCCAGAUGCAAUUGGAAGAAAGGGGCAGGGACAAUUUCAAGAUUAUGCCGAAAUAACGAAUUGGCUAUUCUCUUCCCUCUCACCAUGCAACAGAAGAAGCAGGCCAGCCCACUGCCGACCCAGGCAUGAUCAUGGACAGUGUGGAAGCAGGAGGAGACAUGACGCCUCCCACCAAAAGGAAGAGCAAGUUCUCAGGCUUUGGCAAGAUCUUCAAGCCCUGGAAAUGGCGGAAAAAAAAAAGUAGUGAUAAAUUCAAAGAGACAUCAGAAGUUUUAGAGCGAAAAAUAUCUAUGCGAAAACCAAGAGAAGAGCUGGUUAAAAGAGGGGUUCUGUUGGAAGACUCUGAACAGGAUGGUGAGGAUCCAGGGAAGUUGAACCAUGCCAUGUUAAAGAAUGGCCACACCACCCCCAUUGGGGAUGCCAGAUCUUCUAUUCCAGUCCCAGUAGAGGAAGAGCCAGAAAGAAUAGCAAGUCUUGGAAAACCUGUUCCAGAAGAGGACCCAAAGAAGCAACUAGGCUCAACUGGAAGCCGGCCUAAUUCUGAAGCAGAGUUCGUUCCUGAGAAUGCACCCAAACAGCCUUUACUUCCCCCUAAAAGACCAUUGUCCUCUUCUCAUGAAGCAAAUGAAGGGCAAGCAAAGGAUGCCACUUGCUCUGGCAGCACAGCAAGGUCCAUCUCCUCCACUUCUACCGCCGCCCCCACCACAGCACCUGCUGCCACUGCUGCCGCCACAAACCUACCAAAAACUGUUAUUAAUGCCUCUGUGCCCCCUACCCCAGCACCCAGGACUUUUCCUGCUGCUCCUGUCAGCACUAACACUACUGCUACCCCCAGCCUCCCUGCCAAGCAGCCCCCUGUUCCUCCCCCUAAACCAACUCACAGAAAUAGCAACCCUGUCAUUGCAGUAAACAGUGGAACAUUAUCUAAACCAUCCCCACCCUUACCACCGAAGAGAGGCAUUCCAUCAACCUUGGUACCCACCUCGGAGUCUGCCGCCGCCACCACCACCACAAAAGCACCAAGUGAUCAAAGAGAGAAGAGCACAUGCUCUGUGGGCUCCGAACAGCUGCUGCUUAUCCCGCCUCCCUCUCCAUCCCCCCCACUGCCCACUCAUAUACCGCCAGAGCCCCCACGGACCCCGCCACUCCCUGCUAAGACUUUUCAAGUUGUGCCAGAAACUGAGUUUGCACCUUCUUUAGAUCCUCCCCAGGAGGUUUCCCAGCAGGAAGACCAGAAGAAGGAAGUACCCAAGAGGAUGUUGGACCACAGCUUUGGGGAGCCCCAUGUACCCUCUAGGCUGCCCCCACUCCCACUGCAUAUCCGAAUCCAACAGGCCCUGACCAGCCCACUUCCCCUCUCUUCCUCCUUGGAGGGCUCUCACAGAGCUCAUUCGUUGCUCUUCGAGAACAGUGACAACUUUUCCGAGGACAGCAAUACUCUGGGUCGUACCAGGUCACUCCCCAUCACUAUUGAAAUGCUGAAAGUUCCAGAUGAUGAAGAAGAGGAGCAAACCCACCCAUCUGCAUUCAGUGAAGAUAUGCCUCCUACCUCAGUCACUCCUAAACUCCCGCAGUGUCUGCAGGAGGAAGAGGAAGAGAAGGAGAGCGACUCAGACUCAGAAGGUCCCAUUCAGUACCGAGACGAAGAGGAUGAAGAUGAAAGCCAGAACAGUGCUCUGGCCAACAAAGUGAAGAGGAAAGACACACUGGCAAUGAAGUUGAAUCACAGACCCAGUGAACCAGAGUUGAACUUGAAUUCUUGGCCUCGCAAAAGCAAAGAGGAGUGGAAUGAAAUACGGCACCAGAUUGGGAACACACUGAUCCGACGACUGAGUCAAAGACCAACACCAGAAGAACUUGAACAACGAAAUAUACUACAACCUAAAAACGAAGCUGAUCGUCAGGCAGAAAAACGGGAGAUUAAACGUCGGCUCACUAGAAAGCUAAGUCAAAGGCCGACUGUGGCCGAACUCCUUGCCAGGAAGAUUCUGAGGUUUAAUGAAUAUGUGGAGGUAACAGAUGCUCAAGAUUAUGACCGGCGAGCAGACAAACCUUGGACCAAACUGACCCCUGCUGACAAGGCUGCCAUCAGAAAAGAAUUAAAUGAAUUUAAAAGCUCAGAGAUGGAGGUUCAUGAAGAGAGCAAGCAUUUUACACGCUACCAUCGUCCAUGAUGCUGAAGUUUGAGAGGAACUAAACAACCCCCCAAAACAGGGCUACUUUGCUGCUUCAGUCUCCAGAAUGACAUGGCGGGAACUUCAGCGCUUACCAGCACAGCCAGGAUUGAGUCUUCUGGGGUGAACAGCACUUCUAUGAAUGUAGCGUUUCACUGGAAUGGAUUCGCAUGUGCUGCCUUGAGCAAAACUGAACUCUGUCAGUGCUUUGAACCUUUUACUGUUGCAGCAUACUUGAGGGGUAUUCCCUCACCAGCCACAAACGUUCUGGGCCACUUGCAGGUUCCGCGUUUUGUUGGCUGCACCACACCAAUGUGACUACCUGUGCUGAGGCACAGUUCGCACCAUUAGCCUUACCUGCUCUGUCCAGCUGUGAGACCCACUUGUGUAGGCGCUAAAUUCCAGCCAUUGAAUCUAGUUGGUGGUGGGGAAAACCGAGAGGGCCCCACCUUCUAGCAAAGGGGUCCCCACUUCUCGGGGAAUCUUCCUACCACACUGGCAUGUCAGCCUUGCACUUACCUCUUGUAACAGCAAUACCGUCCUCUGCAGGCACAGCCUGAAAGCAGCUCAGGAUCUGUCAAGUGCUUCCUUUUUUAUUAUUAUUUUAAUCUUGAAGUGAUGGAAACUUAGGUUCAAUCUCACCUGCAACCAGAUUCCAAGUUGGGAAAAGGCAAAAGCAUGUGUUUUCUGUAUACAAAACCAAAAACGCCUUUAUGUUAAUGCUAACUUGGCAGAAAACUGACUCAUGGCUUAAAUGUUAAAAGCUGUUGUACGUUUGUUGCACCAAAUGAUACUGUAAAUCGUUUUGCCCAAUAGAUACAUUCUCCUCCAUAAAGCGGAGUUGUAGCAACUCUGUGGGAGUUGCGUGCUAUUGGCCCCCACACUUCCAACCAGAAUCAUAGCAAAGUCCUAGGGUUGUUGGGUGCUAAAUCAGGUCUUCGGAGAAGCGAUUAGGAGGGGCACAGUCAUGACCCACUGCUCCUCUCCUCCUCAGCACAGAUGUUUGUCCUCCUGCUGCCCCUCUGGCAGCUUCCACCUCACUCAUCCCUACUUUUCCAAGCUGGAGCCAGUGGAGUCGGUGCCUGGCCACUGGCUCAGCCCCCACCCCCUUUUGUAAUAUAUAGUAAUAUGAUUUCCUAAAACAAGAUUCAGUUGCUUUCUUUGAAUUUUUAUUGAAAACCUUACAGCCUUACUGUUUCCCUCUAAUUCCUCUCCACACUUAAUGGAAGAAAAAAAAUAAGUUUCUAGUUAACUAAUGAAUGUAGCUUUCUCUUUUUAAUGUUCAGAAAAUUGUGGCUGUUUUAUAGAUUCCUUCUGCAGUCCCCAUUGUUCUGUAUGUAAUCUUUCAGUAGAUUUUUCCUUUUUUCUCCUUUAUGUCAUGUAAGAUUUGGUGAAGUCAGAAUAUCAUGUUAAGACAAAACGCUAAAGUGACCUUAAAAGUAGUGUUCUCUCUCUGUAUGGGUAAUAGGAGGUAUUGGAUUUCUCAGUGACUGUCAAAUGCUUUAUGGCUAUAGAAAUACACUGGGUUCACAUCUCCUUGAAACUAAUUACCAUGUGGUAUGGGGGAAAGAUAAGAGACAACUCCACAGUGUUGUCAGAGGUCUGUAUAUAAGGUGGGAACACAUUAACUGCUAACUUGACUUCUAACUUUUCUGUCUCGUUGGUUUGGAGAUUACUUGGCUUAUGUCAGAAUUCUCUGUGGCUUAAGAUGACAUGUUCAAACCCCUUACUGCCUUUCUCCCCCUAAUGUGCCAAGCUUGAAAUAGGCUUUGAUGUCCUGAGCUUCUGGUUUGCUUUCUAUGUGCCACCAAGAAAUCUAAUUCAUCUUUCAUCUCAUUCAUGUUCUUUUGAAACAAGAUACUUUGGGGGUCAAGUCUUUUCAGGUGAUUUUUAUAUAUAUACAUAUAAAUAGAAAGGAUUUUGUGUCCUUUCCUUGUAAGUAACAAUUUACAGUCAUAAUGUAUAGAAGAAAUAAAAGUCUGAUGUAUUGUACUUUAAAAUGCUUCCCUGAUGUACAGAAUCUCCUUGUAAAAUAAGUAAUUGCAUUGUAUAUCAGUCUUCCUACCAACAUUAAUUAUUAAAGUAUUUUAGAAUUUAAAAAAAAACUA